UAUGUUUAUAAAUCAGUGCAUUACAAUUCAUUAAACCAUAAUAAUCUUUUAUUUUAAAAUUUCAUCAUACUCCAUUAGUUUGUUCAAAGUGCGUUCGUUAUAUUUCAAAAGUUUGAAUAUCAUUAACAGAGUACAAUGAACCCUUCUUCAUCAAAAACUAUACAAUUUUCAAAUUGUCGUCUUUUACGGCAUCAUAAAAUUAUUUUGGAUGAUUUGUGGGUGAGAAAUGGAAAAGUUAUAAACCCAGAAAAAGUUUUUUUUGAUGAGAAAAUCUUUCCGGAUGUGGUAAUUGAUUGUAAGGGUGUAUUAAUUUCUCCCGGUUUUGUAGAACUGCAAAUAAAUGGUGGAUUUGGAGUUGAUUUUUCGCAAGAGUCGGAAAAUGUCGAAGAAGAUGUCCGUAAAGUAUCAAAAGGCUUAUUAGCACAUGGCGUGACAGCGUUUUGUCCAACAUUAGUAACAUCUCCGAAACAUGUUUAUCAUAAAGUGAUACCGAGAAUUAAGAAACAAGCUGGUGGUAAACAUGGAGCUACAAUUCUUGGAUUACACAUAGAGGGACCAUAUAUAAAUAAAGAAAAAAAAGGCGCUCAUCCACCGGAAUACAUUCGUGAUCUAGAUGAGGGAAUGCAUUCUGUAUUAGAUAUGUAUGGAUCUUUGGAAGAUGUAAAAAUUCUAACAUUAGCUCCCGAACUAUCUAGAGCACCAGAGGUAAUUGAAGAAUUGACGAAACUAGGCAUUACUGUUUCUGUUGGACAUUCGAUUGGAAAUUUAUCGGAUGGCGAACUCGCUGUAAAACAUGGAGCAACAAUGAUAACACAUUUAUUCAACGCCAUGUUGCCUUUUCAUCAUCGUGAUCCUGGAUUGGUGGGAUUGUUAACAUCUGAUCAAAUUCCAGAGGGAAAAACUAUUUAUUUUGGUAUAAUAUCUGAUGGUAUCCAUACGCACCCAACUGCACUUCGAAUAGCUCAUCGUACUCAUCCUGAUGGUUUGUUCUUAGUCACAGAUGCCAUCUCAGCCUUAGGUCUUGAAGAAGGCACUCAUUAUAUUGGACAAUUGGGUAUCGAUGUUAGAGGUGAUAGUGCUUAUAUCACAGGAACAAAUACAUUAUGUGGUAGUAUUUCAAGUAUGAACAUUUGCGUUCAAAUAUUCAAAAAGUCUACUUCAUGUUCAACUGUUACUGCAUUAGAAGCAGCAACAUUACAUCCAGCUAGAGCUAUUAAUAUGAGUAAACAAAAGGGAACUUUAGAUUUUGAUGCUGAUGCUGAUUUCAUAUUUUUGGAUGAUGACUUAAAUGUCUUAUCAACAUGGAUUUCUGGUGAAUGUGUUUAUGAAAAAUUCAAUAAUUCAUACGAAAUAAAAAAAUUUUAAUGAAGUGUAUUCAUAUUAUUUUGUAUUUAAAAUUCAUUCCAUUUUUUUUUGUGUUAAUUAUUAUAUUUUAAUAGAACAUGAAACACUAUCCAAUUGGUAGUUGAGGCAUUGUAAUGAGAGCCUGGAUACGACAUUUAGUCGCCAUUUUCAGUGGAAAGUAUCAUCAUGAAAUAAACUUCCCCUGUGAGCCUGAUUCAUGAAAUGAACGAGUUUAUUUUAACCUUUUAUGAUUUUGUAAAGUUUUAACGGCACUGUGGCAAAGAAAUAAACCAGUAUUGGAAGAGAAGACAGUUUAUUUUAUCGUAUUAUUGUCAAAUAUUAUCUUUCUCAAAAUGAAAACAUUUCUUUCAUGUAUUGAAAAUAUGA